UAAUUACAUGACAUUUCAUAUCGUAAGCGAACUUGCAAGCAAAUUUGGAAAAUUGGAUUCGUUCGUAUCGGGUUAUUAUCGGAUGCCACUUUUAAUUUCACAUCAAAUUCCAGUUAUUUUACGAUUUCAAAAUGGGGGAAGUUUCAUUGGAGACUGCUGCAUACGCUAAAAUUAUUUUGCAUGCGGCUAAGUAUCCCGAUUCAGCAGUAACCGGAGUGCUGCUUGCAGAUGCGUCAAAACUCAAAGAUGGAGCUAAAAAUCAAGAUUUGGACAUCGUUGACGCUAUCCCACUAUUUCAUCAUAGUCACUACGUGUCUCCUAUGGGAGAAGUGGCUCUGACACAGAUUGAAGCAUUAGCAUCCAAUGAGAACCGUAUCGUUGCUGGCUACUAUGCAGCGUGUGAGAACUACAGAGACAAUACUGUAGAGAAAUGCCCUGGCCAAAAAAUAGCAGAGAAGAUUGCUGAGUAUUUCCCUUCUGCUGUAUUUGUUGUGGUGGACAAUAUGAAACUAUCAAAAAAUUUAGAGGAAUCAGCCCUCAAUUUGUACAAGUACACAGAUGGGAAGUGGAGGCUCAGGGAAUCCAAUAAAGUCACAUUCCCAACUCCAUACACCCUUGAGACUGUAUCACACCUGCUACAAAAACGCGUUCAAAAGGACUUGGUGGAUUUCGACAACUACUUAGAUGACUGUACGCAGGACUGGACAAACCUCGGCAUCGAGAAGCUGGUUGCUAGUAUUAAUGCGUCCAACAUGAUUGAUUGUAAGGAUGAUUGAUGAUACAUUUGAAUAUAUAUUAUAUUUUUAUUGUGUAAUUCAGUUUCGAGACUCAAUUUUGUAUUUUUGUGUGAACGCUGAUAAUAAAUUUAGUGGUUGGAACCAUGAAGUUAUAAAACUGGAGAGAACAAAUCUUUAGAACCGCUAAUCAUACAUUAUAAUUUGUAACACACAAAUGUAAACUUGAGCUUGUUAUGUAAACUACAAUCAAAAACUUCAAUUUUAGCGAAUUUUGAUAUUUUAUAAUAUGUACAGUCGGCUGCGAAAGUCCAGCCAUACUUUUGAACCUUAUUUCUAGGGAAUAAGGUUCAAAUUCCUUAUUCACAAAGGUUUUAUUGCAGAUUGUAUGUUAUGUAUUAAAAAUGUUUGCAUUGGGCCUAAUUUAUUGCAUUGGAUGGGAAUCUGCAAUAACAGAAAGAGUUGGGCAAUAAAUAAAAAAGUAUGAAUGGAUUUUGCUGCCGACCAUACAAAAAAAAUUCUUUGCCGUAGUAUGUCACAUAUUUAGGUAAAUUAGUAGAUAAUUAAUAUAUUAUGUAAACUAUUGUUACCUAAUAUAAUAGUUUUUAUUUCUUCAAAAUAAAGACCCAGCUAUCUGAAUGUAAAUGUAUUUAUUCAAAUACUGCACAUUAUAGCAUAUACAUUUGAGUAUCUAAUUUAUUAUGAGAAGAACAAUGUAUCAUAGGUUUAAAUGGUUUAUAGUUUAAAAUUAUUUUAAGGUAUUUGAACUGGUAGACGGAAGUGUAAUAUGUUCUAUAAUAAAUAAACAUUAAUGACACUUAUUGAAUGUAUAUUUGAUUAUGAUUUUUGUUGUGUUUAAAUGAACCACCGUGGUUUGGAGAAAUACAGGAUUAGUUGAGACUCUUGGUUUGCCGAAAAUAUUAUUAAAAUAUCCUUUUUUAAACAUUGAAAUUAUUUAUUUCUAACGCAUUUUGGUAACCAACAAAAACAGUUUUAUCUUACGUGUUAGCAUAAAAGAAAAAAAAAUUAAGUACAAAAGUACUAAGACGAAAUAUUAUUAAAAUAAUCUUCAAUCAA